AUGGAUGACCCAGAGGUGGAAGAGGUGCGUCUGGUUGGAGGCCCGGAGACAACACCAAAUGCUGGCAGGGUCGAGUUCCGACGCCCUGGAUCCGCUGAGUGGUUCAGCGUGUGCGCGGAUGACUGGGGAUUCCCCGAGGGGCAGGUGGUCUGCAGGGAGCUGGGGUUUCCCGGGACGUCCACGGUCAAGACUGAGUCCGAGUAUGGAGACAGGGGAAUGGGGAAAUCAAUCGCUGGCUUCCAGUGCGAAGGAGAGGAAGAGUCUCUAAUGGCUUGCAUGAAUGGCACUGACGAGCGGGACGAUCCUUGCGGCGACAGUCACACAGCUGGUGUCGUUUGCACUGCCCCUGGAUACAAAGGUUGCUUCAGUGGGGACGGUGACGCCAUCUUUCAUGAUCUUGUUACCAUGGAUGAAAUUACGAUUGAAAAAUGCGUAUAUCAUGCUAAAAUGCAAGUUUCAAAUGAUAAGUCCAUCGUGUACGCGGCGAUGGAACGGAAGCAGUGUUUGUACAGACUUAAAGACCCCAACAUCAACGAGAACACGAGAGUCAUCGACUCCACGUGCAACCAUGCGUGUGCUGGAAAUCCUGACCAACGGUGCGGCGGUGAGGGCGUCAUUUCGAUCUAUAGUGUGAAUGAAAGUUUCUGCAGCGACCCGGGGAAUCUGGCUCAUGGCGAACUGACGAUUAGACCAACGGCAGAUCAUUUCUACUUCGGUAGCAUCAUCAACUUCACUUGCAAUCCUGGGUUUGGUCUACAGGGGGCGCUCUCUGUACAGUGCGUCAAGGGACCUGCCCCUGCCCAAAUCAUGUGGAGCGAGACUUCACCUGAAUGUGUCGCCACUGGUCUGGGAACAGCGCCACCAGUCACCGACAGAGUAGACGUCGGUUUGGUGCUAGGAAUCCUGAACACAGCGCUUCUAGGUACUCUCAUCCUUGUGAUCUUAAUCGGACUGUACUGCUGCGUGUUCAGGGCACGGCGAGAUUCGCCCGCCGUCCCUCCCCGCUACACCAGGACCAAUUCUCUCCCCAGGAACGGCCUGGGAGAGGACGUCCGGAAGUCAGCGGCCGGCCAUCCCGCUUCCAGGCCCCAGAGCACGGUGCAGGAUUUGCCUGAGUACUCGGCAGUGGAUCAGGAUGCCAAGCGGACCUCUACAGCCUCCAAGACUAACUCCGGCUUCAUGGACGAGCUGGAUUUGGCUCCAGGGAGGCCCGUGUACUCUCUGGUGAUGAAGGACCGCGGGUCCAGGGCUUCGGAGAGCGAGGAUAUUUUCGGUGAGAUUAUGGUCAACCCACCUUCUCUCCAGCAGGAAGGGGAAUGGGUUGAAAAUGAAAUGUACGAAGCUGUCGAGCUAGAAGGCCCUCCUGGAGAUAACAAAGUGUGA